UAAACCCUACGCGGACACACGACUUUAUUUUGAAACGAGAGCAGACUGUUGACUGUCGCGAGCUUCUUGUCGCGAGCUUCAUGGUGAUGCGCAGCUGGUGAAGCUCGACAGCGGAAAGACGAUUAAAACCAAAGGACGCAAAUCCUCAAAAGGUGCUUUCGUGCCGACCACUAGCGGGCGCCCUAACCAUGGCUCCCUCCCUCCCUCUCUCAUUGGUUGGCCUCCUCCUCCUGAGUCUGUGCUCCUCUGAGGCCGACGUUCUGGCCGAUAGCAACGCAGACUUUUCUGCCCGGUUGUAUCACGUCGUCUCCAGCCGCACCGACGACAACAUCUUCCUGUCCACGUUCACUCUGACCAACGGGUUGCUGGCGCUGGUGAGCGGCACCAACGGGCCGACCAAGGACCAGCUGCUGCAGGCGCUCAGCUUGACGGGAUUGGAUCCCCAGACUCUCCCAGAUCUGUUCCAGACCCUGAGGACUUUGGUCCUAGCCACCACCCUGAAGCAGGGUGUUGCUGUAAUCCCGGCUAAAGGCGUCCAAGUGUCGGCCUCCUAUCUGGACCUGCUUCAGUCAAAGUUUGGGGGAAGUGCUCUGAGUGUGCCUUACACGGUGCCGCAGGAAGCCACCGACACCAUCAAUCGCUGGGCACAGGAGCAGACGGGAGACCAGGUCCAGGAUCUGGUGACCAACUUGGACCCAAACACACAGCUGCUGCUCGCCACCACCGCCUUCUUCAAAGCCCAGUUCACGCAGUCCUUCAACGCGUCCCUCACUCAGGACGAGCGCUUCUACGUGGACAACUAUCACGUUGUCAUGGUUCCCAUGAUGCUCAGGGCCGACAAGUUCUUCCUGGCGUACGACCCCUCUGUAAAGGUCGGCGUGUUGAAGCUGCCGAUGGCCGGGGAGGGGGCCAUGUUGGUUCUGUUGCCCGAUGAAGGCGUGGACAUCUCUAAAGUGGAAGAAGAUAUGACUGGAAAUAAGAUACAGAGCUGGAUAAGAAAGCUUAAGAAGACGAAGUUGGAGGUGCAGCUCCCACGCUUCCUGUUGGAGCGUUCUUACUCUCUGCGUGACGUCCUGCAGACUCUCAACAUCACGCAGGUGUUUCAGGAUGACGCUGACAUCAGCACCAUCGGAGGGGGAGCGGGACUAAAGCUCACACAGGUUUACCAUAAAUCUCUCCUGUCUGUGGAUGAGAGCAGUGAUGACAUCACAGCCGGAGGCGGGGCUAGCAGCAGCUCCUCCUCCCUUCCUCCUCGUUUGACCGUCAACAGGCCGUUCGUUUUCGUCAUCUACCACGAGACGAGUGGCGCAGUGCUGUCAAUGGGUCGCGUCGUCAACCCGUCUACGAAGUAGAAUCCCAGUCAUGUCCAACCAAAGGUUGGAGGCCCAACAAGGGGUUAUUAGAUUAAUUAUAGGGUCUCAAAAGUACAUUUAUGUUUUAAACUCUUUUACAUUUUCCGUCUGAAUUUGCUCCAUCAUCAGAAUGUUACAUUAUUGCACUAAAGACAUUCAAUAUUAAACAUUAAACAUUGUUAUGCAUUAAGUGCGUAGAUGUUACUUGAUGGUCAAUGUGACCUAAAGAAGGAAGCUGUAAAUCUUCUUUUUCAAGUUUUUUGAGCUUCAGCUACCUCUACUCCUAUCAUUUGUAAUAGUUUUAUUACUAAAACUAGUUUUAGCUCCAAUAGAUUUAACCCUACAUGUAGUAUUGGUUGUAUUAUUAUUAGUAAUAGCUCUGAUACUACUAGUACUAGUAUUAAUACUAAUAUCCGGAGAAGUAAAACCCUUCAACAGUUGGUAGACAAUGAUAUAUUUAAUUGUUGAUUAAGUGAAAUGUUGAGUGUCCAGAUAGAAACAUGGAUGUGGAGGAAACAACCUCUUGUCCCACUACUACUCCUGUUACUGGUACAAUUAUUAGCAAUUACUGAUACUAGUACUAGUAUCAGCUGCAGUAGCUCUAAUACUCUACCAGGAGUAGUGGUAGUCACAGAGCUACAACGUAAAGGAGCAAGUCAGAGGCACUAGUUAACACGGCCACUGGUUAGAGUGGAACACCGAGUUCUGGCAUCAAUAUAUGUGUUAAAUUUGUUAUAAAUAUACAGACUCAAAAUUUACUGGUGAAAUAAAGACUAAUAACGCAUGACUUCAUUCUCAGACGGACUGUGUUUAGUUGGCAUGAUGAGCGGUAUCGUAACAUUUGAACCUUUAGCAUGUCUGAAAACACUCUGUACUUAUUUAAAGCUCAACUGGAAAAUAUUAAAUAUUAAAAGGAA